UGACGCGCUAUUUGCCUUUAGGUUUAGCAGAGCGAGUGUGGAAGCUAAUUGGCUGAAAGAAAACUACGCGUUUUCCGUCCAUGUAGCAAAACAGUCGUUGCAGGACAAGCUUAGCGGUCGCCGCGUUCAUUGCGUGUUCGAAUUUUAAAAACUCAGUUUAGUGUUUUGUGGACAAAAAUGGCGCAGACCAAUCUAGAAGUUGGUAUGAAGUGUAUAAAAUAUAUGCUUUUAUGCAUAACGGCGAUAUUCGUGCUAACAUCUGCCCUGAUCAUUUCCGUCGGUACAACAAUCUACGCUAUCUACCACGAUGUGUCCUUCUUCCUUGAGGAUCACUUCUUCUCUCCCGCCACCUUCGUCAUCGUCAUCGGUGUCAUCAUGUUGUUCGUCUCGCUCUUCGGCUGCAUUGGCGCCUUGAAGGAGAGCACUUGUUUGGUCAACAUUUUUGCAGUGAUCCUCAGUAUUGUCUUCGUGUUGGAGAUCGCUGCGUCAAUCGCCGCGUACGCUCUCCGUGGACAAGUCACUACCAUGCUUGACACCAACCUAAGGGACACGAUGCCGAAAUACUACAGGAACCCUGAAGUCCAGGACGCUUUCGACUUCAUCCAGAGCAGGCUGAACUGCUGCGGCGUGGACAGCUACCUCGACUGGAGCGACGUCUUCCCCCCCACCGGCGUCAACGGCAUCUCAGUAGCCAACAUCAGCGUCCCCAACUCCUGCUGCGCCGAGUCCCGCUUUGAAAUCGUCGAUAACACCCAGAUUGAUGAAUGUGUCAAACUGUACGCCAAUGGGUGCCUUCCAAGGGUGUUUUAUUUGGUUUACCAGAGUGCUGGUCUUCUAGGUGCUGGUGCUAUGACCAUUGCUUUUAUUCAGAUCAUCGGCAUCAUAUUCUCAUUCUCGCUAGCCAGUUCUAUUCGCAAGGCGAAGAACGAGCGCGAGCGCAGGCGCUGGGAAAUCCAGGAGCAAAUGAUCAACGCGUACACAUCCCUGAACCCCGACAACGAAAAGACCUCGCCUAUCGUCUACGUUCCGUUCCACGGACAAACCAACGCUUAGAUUUUAAGUAAACAAAAUUUAUAGGCUGUAUGUUGUGAUUGUAUUAUUCUAUUUCUCACAUUCCACAUUUUCUAUAAUUAUUAUAGGAAUCCUUGUGGAUCACAAUGUUCUUUAUGUUUAAAACAUAAGACCGGGACAUAUAAAAUAUUUUAAUGUUUGUCUCCGGACAAAUCAAUCGGGACCGGUGUUUAAUUUAAUAUAAGCCUUAUAAUACAAAUUAUGCCUUAUAGAAAGUUAUUUAAAUGACAAUGUGUAUUAAUUAAAACUAUUUUUAUUAUG